UAACAGGCUAAUUUCGCUAGCAAGUCACUUAGUAGCUUCCCUGGCCAAUGGCACGAAAGAAGUGGGAUGCUCGGAGGAGGAGUUAACGUUAGUUGCUAGCAUAAAUUCAUUUGAGGCAAGACAGUCGGCGAUAUUUUUAGUAAACCGCCUUGCAAUGACAGAGUUAACGUUAACGUUACAGCUCGAGGUUAUUUCAUGUUCGAGUAACGCUGGUCACAUCGUUUCCUCGCCACACUCGCUGCCCCUCGGCAAAUUAGCUUGCGAUGGAUAAGACUGGAUAAUCGGCUAAGAAAGCUAAUGUUGACAAACACUGGUGACUUUACGCCUUGAUUUUGUUUUGUUUCAAACUGUCUCGUUGGCAGAGGUGCUGCCAGUUGUGUUUGUCAGUUCAGCGCCGAGGCUUUAUUUCGGUGGCUUGCCAGCUUUCAGGCCGAAGUGAAGCAUGUUGAUGUUGGAUGUGCUGAAGCUGGAACAUUUGGCAACAGCCAGGACUGGAUCUGCCAUGACAGAGAGGGACAUAGUGAGUCAAAACACAUUUACAUCAGUACUAUAUUUGGUAAGGCUAAGAAAUUAAUAUUUCUUACCUAAACUUAAAACCCACAUUUUUGAGUUUAGGUAACCUUGUUGUCGAGAUGUGGAAGGCAACCCCCGGAGUUAAAACAAUAAAUACAAUUUGUUAAUCAGUUGCCUGAUUGACAUUGUCUCUAAGCCAACCUACCCCGUUGCAAUUAAUACGACUAAUUACCUUUAUGCAGUUAUUUACAAAAUUGCAUUACCUACCAGCAUUUUUUUUUUAAAUGUCAGAGCUAGACAAUGCUUGUAGGAGUCCCACACAGUUAUUUCGAGAUUCCACCGAAAAUGUGUAGUGCCAUUUAAAAUCAUGGCAAUAAAAUUGAAGAACUGGAUCUUGACGACAGCAGUGAGAUAGGACGUCACCAGCUUUCACAAGUUUGCAAAGGGGAGCAGCCAAUAUAAAUGGAACCAACAGUUCUGUCUGGCCCUUUGGGGCACACACAGUGGAAAUCAGACCAGCCAUUUCCUCUCGGAUUUCACACACUGGAUUCAGACAAUGAAGGUGUGCUCUGUCAAAACAAGAGUGGCCAGACAGGUUUGGAUUUCAGAGACGGUGACCAGGAUCAAACAUGCCAACAAAGUGAAGAAGAAAAGGUUUGCCAGGAAAAGCAGGUAGAGUUGGACAACCUCAUAAAUAUCUCUGAUUUUUCUUGUGGAGAAUUGCCGGUUGAGGCUGAUCAGUCCACAAUUUCCAAAGCCUCUCUCCAUAGUACUAAUUUACAGGAAUUGUCUUACACAGAAAAAACUGAGGGACCUGAUGAAAUCAGUGACUGUACUUUGUCAUGGCUUUUUCCUCCCAACCUCACUGAUGUGGUUGGGGAAAACUCUGCCUGUGAAGAACUGAAUCUGACACAGGAGGCCCCUCUUGAGGGCUCAAAUCCUCCCAGUAGUCAGGCUGAGCUAAUAAGCCUCAGUGUACCUGUCUCUCCGUCAAAGAUUUCUGCAAGGAAUUCUGAGACCAACACAGGGGAUCCAUUUUUGUUGGUAGAUCUCCUCUCAAAUGAGCCCCCUUGUUUCCCCCCAGAGUCAUCAGGUGAGUUCAACCCUCAGGGUGUCAGCGAGGAGCUGGUACACCUGUCACAAGAGAAGCAGGCGGGUCUCCCUCCCUCACAGAGCAGGGAGACUUUGUCACCUGAAACCGGAGACAAAGGUUUAUUCCCUGAUCAAGUGACUGAUCUGCCUGUAACCAGUAGCACUACCUUGCAAAGUUUGUCCGAGACCUGCUUCUCACAAAACCACAUCAGCACGCCACUGGAGUGUUUCAAAGAAUCUGUGCCUUUGUUGGAUUUAGAGGUUCCAGAUUGUGAUGGCAGUCUGAGCCUGUGCCCAGCCAGUCCUGCCUCUGUUAUCUGCACAGGUACGCCAUUACAUUUAUCAACAGAGGAGUCAGAGGUGGAACAUGAAGGAGCUGCUGUAAUCAGAAAUCUGACUUCAGAGCAACAAGGUGAGAAUGACUCAUUUGCUCUGGGUUUUUCAGCUGAACCUUCAUCACUGACAGUGCCUCUGGCUGAAGAUGCCUUCAUCCAGGGUGAUCAUACCAGUGAGAUGUACUCUGUGGAGAACAUGUCCAAGGAUUUGAUGGAAGACAAAAUUUGUUCGAAGGUCAAAAAUCAGGGGAAAGAGGCAAUGGCUUUGGAUCUGUGCUUGCCUGCUGAUGAGAUCCAUGACGAGGAAACUUUGGACUUGAAAUCACAGGAGGGUGUAGAGAGUGGAAGUGUUCCCAAUCCAACAACUGAACAGAGGGAAGAGGAGAGUGUGAUAGACAAUAACCAGCUCGAGGAAUCAGAUUGUCAUGAAGUAGGUUCUUUUAAUUUUUCAGUUCAGGACUUGAACACUUCUUCUCCUGAGGCUGGAUGGACUAGUGAGCAAACUGUGGAGACAAUUUCCCUUUCUAAGAUGGUGGUAGAUGACUCACUGCCAAUGGUUUCAGCUGUGAAUACGAGGGAGGAGGAUGUCUCCCCGUUAAAAGCUGUAUUCGAUGCUUUAGACCAAGAUGGAGAUGGCUUUGUUCGGAUUGAGGAGUUUAUGGAGUUUGCUGCUGCCUAUGGGGCUGAUCAGGUGAAGGAUCUGACCAAGUUUUUGGAUCCCAGUGGCCUGGGAGUGAUCAGCUUUGAAGACUUCCACCGUGGAAUCUCUGCUAUUAGCAAUGGAGGUCCAGAGCCACAACUCUACAAUGUAAGCUACAGUCCUGGGGAUGGAGCUGUGGGCUGUCCAGAAGAAUACGAUGAGCAAAAUGAGGUGACCGACAGUGCAUACCUGGGCUCUGAGAGCACAUACAGUGAGUGUGAGACCUUCACUGAUGAGGACACAGGGGCCCUUGUACCCCCUGAGAUGCAUGAGGAUGUGGAGACGGACAGCGGUAUCGAGGCCACGCUGCACGACCCCGAAGAUGGUGGAAAUAGGUUUUCCCUGAACUCUGAGCUCCAUAACCACUCCCUGGUGACGAUCAUCGGUGGAGAGGAGGAGCACUUUGAGGACUUUGGUGAAAGUAAUACCUCAGAGUUGCUACUGGAGAGCAGUGUGGAGGGGACGGAGGGGGAGGGCGAUUCCCCUCUCGUGCAGCCCCUUGAGCAGGUCAAUGGCUCCUCACUUCUCUCUCCCAGUGCUGGCAAGAGGCUGUCCAGCAAGAAAGUAGCAAGACAUCUCCUCCAGAACAGCUCAAUGACUCUGGACACCAUGAGCGACUUAACGCGGGACAUCCUGGAGCUUGCUGACAAUGACAUCACAGACAAGGUGCUCCUCCUUGAGCGUCGAGUGGCGGAGCUGGAGAAGGAGUCGGAGGCCUCGGGGGAGCAGCAUGCGCGAUUGCGCCAGGAGAACCUUCAGCUUGUGCACCGGGCCAAUGCCUUGGAGGAGCAACUGAAGGAGCAGGAGCUCCAUGCUGACGAGCAGCUACAGCAAGAGACCCGUCGCCACAAGGAGGCCCUGAGCAAACUGGAGAGGGAGAGGGGGCUGGAGCUAGAAAACCUGCAGGCUAGGCUGCAGCAACUGGAUGAGGAGAGCAGUGAGCUGCGGUCCUGUGUUCCUUGUCUACGAGCAAACAUCGAGAGACUAGAGGAGGAGAAGAGGAAGUUGCAAGAUGAGACAGAAGCCAUGUCUGACAGGCUCAAGGAAGAGACGGAAUCCCGCAGGAAGAUGGGUGACAAGCUGAGCCACGAGCGUCACCAGAGCCAGAAGGAGAAGGAGUGCACACAGGAGCUAAUUGAAGACCUACGUAAGCAGCUUGAACACUUACAGCUGUACAAGUUGGAGGCCGAAGCAAAGAGAGGGCGCUCACCAGGCGCAGGGCUGCAGGAGUAUCAGACCCGCACCCGCGAAACCGAGCUGGAGCAAGAGAUCAAACGACUCAAACAGGACAACCGCAGCCUGAAGGAGCAGAAUGACGAGUUAAACGGUCAGAUUAUCAACCUGAGCAUCCAGGGAGCCAAGAACCUGAUGUCGGCCUCCUUCUCCGACUCCCUGGCAGCUGAGAUCAACUCUGUGUCUCGCACAGAGCUGAUGGAGGCUAUCCACAAACAAGAGGAGAUCAACUACAGACUCCAGGACUACAUCGACAAAAUCAUCGUGGCAAUCAUGGAGUCCAACCCCUCCAUUCUAGAGGUCAAAUAGAGACCAUGCAGCCGGAGGGCCACUUGGAGUGACUCCACAGGCUGUUAAAAAUAUUGGAGACUUGGCUAAGAGAAAACUACCAAGAGAGGUUGUAAAAAUAUUCUGACAUUUUGGUAGGGAAAAAACUCAACCCCCCCCCCAAAAAAAAAAAAAAAAAAAGUACAAUGACAAAAAUAAGCUAUUUUCAGUUAGAUACCCCUUGACUCUGUACUUAGUUGUGAGUGUAUGUGUUAGCCCUUUUGAAAACACUUGGGUUCUGGUGACCUCCAUGUAUUUGGCUAGAGGGACCUGAGUCUCCCCUGUUGAAUGAAUGAAUGUGUAACUGUGUGCAAAAGGUCAGUAUCAUUCAGAGUAGAAAUCUGCCCCAUCCCUUUCCAAAAACAAAGUGUCAAUGUUUGAUUGAGCUAAAAUAUAACGAUCAGACAAUUAUACCUAAAGGCCUUAAAUGAAAGGUGAUCAAAGGAUACAUCAAUAAUACAUACCAUACAUGCCUCAGUUCAGUCAGUGGGCUGUGAUCUCCUGAUGCAGGCUGAGAAAGCCGUAUGAAGCUCUGGUCAGGAGACCAGUAGAAUUUGUAAGUUAAAAGCUUGCUGUGCUGCCUACCAGUCCCUAUAACAGUGUGUUCUGUCCUUUAACCAAGUUCAGCUGUCUUUUCCAGUGAACCCAAGUGAGGGACAUUUCUAGGGGUUGAGGAUGAGAAAUGCCCAGAGGGUAUUUUGUGUGUGUGUGUGUGUGUAUGUAUGUGUGUGUGUAAGUGAGGUGUUUGAAAUUUCCUUUUUUUUAUUUUUUUAUUUUUAUUUUUUUCUGCAAAAGGUCUGUAACACUAGAGGGUGUAUCAAGAAUGACACAGUCGUUCUUGAAAGUGUCAGUCUCCCAAAUGAAGGAACAGGGUGGUUUAUAAUGUGCUUCAUCUCAUUUAUUUUUACAAUGAAACAGGGUCGUGGAGCUCAGGUAGGCUAGAAACCUCAAGUGGAAAAUCACUACAUUUCCCAUCACUCCCUGGCACAAAUGUUGGAUAACUCAAACUUAUCUCACUAAAUAUAGACUGACUGGCUGUAACUGACAAAAUAUACCCACCUCAUCACUUUGUAAACUCUCCGAACACUUGAAUUAAGUAUCAAAGGAAACUGAUGAGUGAUUCUGGGAAUUGUAGUUUUAUUUUUCUAAAUACAGGCCACCUGAUCCCAGUGUUCUCUUGCUGAGUGAAAGUGACAGAGAGCAAGCCAAUUCAGGUUACCAACCCUUUUUUUUUUUUUUUUUUUCUCUUUGCUGCACAAGUGAUUUAAUGUCAAGUAAAAAUGUUAGUGAGACCGAAAAAUGUCGACAUUUGGGAGGCUGUAUGUGAAGAAUCAAAUGGUUGUACUUUGCACUAAGUUUUGUUUUAAUUUCUUUAUUAUUUUGUUGAUAGAAAACUUAAUUGUGAAGGGAUCAAAUGUAAAAUCGAAGGUAUUUUGAAUCCAUUAUGAAGAUGAUAGCUCGUUGGAUUUGUUGCUGCAGACACACCAGCAAAGUUGGGGCUGGUGUGUGCUGCAGACAACCCACUCCUGCUUAAGAAAGAAAAAAAAAAACAUCACACUAUUCAUAAUGCCAUAUUAAAUCAGAAAUAUUCAAGAAUACUACGAAAAUGUCUCAAGAUUAAAUUAAUUUAAAUACUGUAUUUUUUUCAGCCAUCAGGAGUUCAUAUGAGCUUUUUUCCUGGCUAGUUGCCAGUUUUAUUGUUUUCCAUACCUGAUCUGCGUAAUACUGAAGAGACACGGCAGACUUUGGUAGCAAUAAUGCUUGGCAAGAGAGUGGACCUUGGUGGAGGGCAGAUGAAACAAACCUGCUCUUUAUUUCCUCUGCUGAAGCAACAUCUGCGUUUUCAAAGACUGAUUUUUGGACUGAUCUGAUGCCGUGCUUAUCGGUACUGUGCAGCCUCAAUACUUCUGGACAUUUCUUUUCUGACUCAGAAACUGAACCUAACCUACCAGAUAUCUUGACGGAUUUAUAGUUGAAGUCGGGGAGGUUGUUUUUGUCCAAACAGCAUGGCGUUCUGCACCAGUAUGCUAAGAGGAAUCCCUAUUUUUCACCCUGUUCACCUCUAAAUCUUAUUUCACUGCUCUUCUUCACCUGCCACUCCAUGGAAAAAUGGCCUUGGAUGUAAAUGACUUGUACAUGUAAAGUUUUUUCUACACUCAUUCUAGAUUCUAGGUAUUUUUAUAGCCAGAAGAGAAAAGAACAUUUUUUUCUUGUCUUAUGCUGAGAGACAGCUGCCUGUAUUCUUCUCUAGCAUGUAGCGUGUACAGUAUCUGUUGGGUUAUUUUUUUUUUCCUCGUUUUAAAUCACAUGCAGAUAUUUAUUCAUCGUUCAACACAAACAACUCAAACUCUGUGAUUUGUUCUGCUGAAAAUAUAUUUGUACAUUUUUGGAUUCAAAAGGGGAGAUCACAUAUUCACGGUGAAUGAAUCUGUGGGAGAAUUUAUUGAAUUAAGAAACAUGUUUAAAGCAAAGUUAUAUUGUCCUUGGAUGAGUCUCCAUCGUGUGCAGAAGCUUGAAUGUGACCUGCUCAGAAUGGUCGUUUGUUGAGGUUGUCACACUCUUCCAUAAUGCUGAUGUGGCUUUGACCUCUUCAGGGUUGUGAUUUUUAGAUAUAUGGCAGAGUCUGCAGUUUCUACUGUUGUCUUCCCAGAUGGAGUCAGGUACUGCAUGGAAACACAGAUUUUUAUUGUAUAUCUCUGAUUCAGUUGUUUGACCUGUUUUGACUGAAAAAUCAUAUGCUAUAAUAUCCGUCAGUGGAGUUGUAGGUUGUGAGACCUCAUAACAUCAGCACAUGACACCUAAAACCUCAUAUCCAGGCUUGCUGAGUUCAGCUUCCUGCAUUGUAGUGUAACUGGAGGUUUGCCCCAACAGAUUUACUGCUUAGAUCUUUAGAGUAAUGAAUCAUUUAUGCUUUAAAGAGGACACAGGAUGACACCUGAACACAGCAGGCUAAAUUACAGUUAAUCUUCUCCCUGCGUCAUAUUUUAUUGUCAGCUUUUGACAGAUAGUUUGAGGAUUAACGCGACUGGCAACAGAUUAACCAGACAAAAGGUGAGACCACAGAGCUGAUAAAACAUUCCAUUUUAGCAGAGCUGAAGGUGAUUGCACUUUAACCAGAUCCAAUUUCUCCAUUUUUAACUCCUGCUUUCAAAAUGACCAAAGAAAAACGUUUGAACUUAAACUGAUCGUUUUAUCUAUCAGGGUCCGUGAUCACGCUUUUGGUAACACUUUCCUGUUCUAAUAAAUCACAAAUUGACAGACUCUCAGCUUGCCCUGGAAAAAAAAAAAA